GACAUAAAGAUAAAUUAAUGGCUUCUCAAUCUUCCCUUUACUUCUCUCUCCUCUUUUUCCUUCUCUCUACUGCCGCCAUUGUUGCAGCUUUUGAAGCUCGCAACAUACCUGCAAAUCCAAUUUCAAGCACAGAAAGACAUGAUGAGAUGAUUGGAUUACGAGACUAUGGUGAUGCUCGUGCCAAUCAUCGACACGAACCCCACCAUCCUCUUGGUGUCGAAGGAUAUAAGAAGGAGUUGGAUGAUUAAUGAGAAGCGAAUGGCAAGCAAAUCAUUGGUAAAAUGAUGGUGGCAACUACUCGAUGAGAUUAGUACAACAAUAAAAACAUUAUGAUAUCUCUUUGCAUCCAUGCACUUUAUCUAUGUAUCAAACUUAAAAGGACAUUGUUACUAUUAAGGUUUCUAUUAUACUCGUUAUGCC